AUGGUGAUUGGGGAUUUCAAUGAGAUUCUGAAUAGAGGGGAGAAGAUUGCAAGUCCUAUCCUGCCGGAGAGACAGAUGCGAGGCUUUCGGGAGGCGUUAGGUUACUGUGAUCUUCUGGAUGUAUGUUUUCAAGGGGCGAUGGCUACUUGGUGGAAUUCUGAUACCUUGCUGCAGCUUGAUAGGGCUAUUUGCACUCCCUCUUGGAUCGACAUCUUUCACUAUGCUAGAGUUUUUCAUUUAGCGCCAUCAGAUUCUGAUCACGUUCCUCUCUUGCUACGAGUUAGUUCGGUUCCUCUGUUGGCUAGGCCUAAGUGUCACCGCUUCAAAUUCGAAACGUUUUGGCUUCAGCAUGAGGAUUGUGAUAGAGGGGUGAUGGAGGCUUGGGGAACGGAUGUGUCAGGUACACCCAUGUUUUGCGUUACCAAGAAGAUCACGCACACUAGAAUUCAUUUGAAUAAAUGGCAGAAGGAGGUGUUCCGGGGCCGGCAAUUACAAAUGAUUGGCAUUCGCUCUAGAUUGGAGGAGUUAUUGAGUGUGUUCCUAUCAGAGAGAAUGCAAAUUGAAACGAAGGAGUUGAUGGACAAACUGCAGAAUUUACUAUUCCAAGAGGAGUUGUUUUGGAAGCAACGAGCUAAAAUCACAUGGUUGGAAGACGGGGACCGUAAUACGGUCUUCUUCCAUCGGAAAACAGAAAAUAGGAAGCGAAAGAAUACCUUGCAAGGGCUGUUUGAUGAGUAUGGGAUUUGGCAUGAAGAUGAUGCGGGUAUUGAGAGAGUAAUUACUGCCUAUUUUUCCAAAAUGUUUCGAGCCUUUGAAGUUGAUGUGGACGCAAUGGAUGUGACUCUCGCGGCCAUUAAUCCUUGUGUUACUGAGUAG